AAUAUCAACGCGACUGGCUACGCAAGGCUAGUACGGGACGUUGUUGGUCUAGAAAUUUCUGUUGAUUCUUCAUGGCUACAGGUACGCGUACUUCCAAAUUAGAAGGGCUUCGUUUGGAUGCUGCCGAACUUGCUCAUCUGCUUUCUUUGGUAACACGUGAUCGAGUGAAAGUUGGCUUGAUGAGAGAACAGGAACAGAUCAAAACGGAAAUUCAGGCUGAGGAAGGACUUCUGAAUUGUACUGCAUCAGUUACUGCAAUUCGCAAUCCUAGACGCAAUGAUGAUGAAAGGGCAAAUCGACCGAGGAUUCAUACUUCCAAGAUAACAACUUAUGGUUGGGAUGAAUCAGACACUGCUGUCAAGAUUUACAUUACUCUUGCUGGGGUUGAAAAACUGCCUCAAGAAAACAUUAGUGUUAAUUUUGGGAACAAAUCAUUUGACUUCCAUGUUCGUGAGCUAGAUGGCAAAAAUUAUCAAUUGCACAUUCUCAACCUAUCAGGAGCUAUUGUUCCAGCUGAAUCUCAAUUUACAGUGAGGCAUGGAAAGGUGACUAUAUUAUUGAAAAAAGCUGAUAAAGGAAAGUGGGAUAAUCUGGUACCCUCAAAGAAGAAAGAAACGACUCCUAAGUUGGACAAGGAUGCUGAUCCCUCACAGAGUAUCAUGAAUAUGAUGAAACAAAUGUAUCAAGAUGGUGAUGAUGAGAUGAAGAGAACAAUAGCCAAAGCUUGGACUGAAUCAAGAGAGAAAAAGGAUCAAAUGAAUGUUUAGCGUAGUUUCCUGGCUGUCUGAAGCAAGUUGACUAUCUGUGUGUAAGCUUAGCUGUUUGGUACUUUAGAAACAUCAUUGUGCACACUAAGUUACCUUGUCAGUACAUGUAUCUGUGAGAUGUUUUUGGACACAUUCACUUUAUAGUCUCUACUCCCUA